UCUCACUUCCUGUUCAGGUCGGACUGCAGUCGUCCUCGCUCUCGUCUCUGUGAUCUCAUUGUUUGAUGUUUUCUGAAGGACUCUUCCUCUGUCUGAGAAACGUUUAAUUCUGAAACAGGAAGUGGUUUUGCAGAGCAGGCUCACAUGCAAACAGGAGGGCUCACUCUGUCUGCUUUCUCUGGGGCUGAGGAGACUGUCUGAAUGCCGCUUUCAGUCGAGUGCAGUGAGCCUUCUGUCUGCCAUAGAGGAUCUCUGCACACACAGUUGAAGCUGCAGGGUGAAGUUGGUCAGAGUCAGAGGAGAAUCUGUGGAGUUCAGCUGUAAGCAGGCGGGCUGACAGGUUUUGGUUCUGCCAGGGUCCAGUGGUUCGAAGACUUUAGAACCUUCAGUCAUGAAGAACCAGAAUCUUGACCUGGAGGUGGCAAAGAUUCUGGAAGACGCUCCGAGUUCCAGGAAAGCUCUGAGAGAAAACUAUGACAACCUGCUGAAUGUGGCAGAUUACUGCUGCAGCAACUACACUCAGACAGGUGAGGGCGGCCUGAGGGCUUUGGAGGAGACUAAGCAGUUCACCACCCAGUCUCUGGCCAGCGUGGCGUACCAGAUCAGCACUCUGGCCAGCAGUGUUCUGCGACUUCUGGACGCUCAGACCGACCAGCUCUGUGGUCUGGAGUCCUCCAUCAACCUGAUUGGCCAGACGGUGGAGAUGCACAAAGAAAAAGUGGCCCGGAGAGAGAUCGGCAUUCUCACAACCAUUAGACGGGUCCCCCGCGGCCAUAAGAUCAUUCCUCCCACUGCUGCACAGCUCCGCCCACCGUACUCCCGUCAACCAAUCAGCUACCAUGAGCUGGACGGGUUGGGUCAUGGCAUGAAGAUCUCUGGGAAACAGCCGGACAAGAUGGGAACAAUCCGGAAACACGGUUCCUCUGUCAGGGCCAACAAAAUCCCGGAGCCGGUCCAAUGCCCCACAGCGCCCCCUGUUGGAGGGUCCAGCUUUGGGAAGCCUGUUGCUCCGCCCACUAUUCCCCCAGCUUGGCAAGCCCCACCCGAGUGUGACAUGAUUGAGGACCUGCUGAAUGAUAGCCUGCCUCCUCCUCUGACUGCCGAUCUGGAAGCAGCUCAGGACAAUGGGGUCGCGAGCAUGCUCACCCCUCCACCUCCUCCUCCUCCUGUAGCCUUAGGCGAAGGGAUGGCUCCUCCUCCUCCUCCUCCUCCUCCUCCUCCUGUAGCCUUAGGCGGAGGGAUGGCUCCUCCUCCUCCUGAUGCCUUUGGCAGUGGGAUGGCUCCUCCUCCUCCUGAUGUUUUAGGUGGUGGGAUGGCUCCUCCUCCUCCUCCUCCACCUCCUCAGAACUUUUCAGGGGUUCAAAUAAACUCAACUGCUCCACCAUCAGCCCCUACCUCGGUUCCACCUACGAGUCUUGAGACAGUGCUGGAGGAGAGCAGUUUACCUUCUCCCUCUCCUCCCCAUUACCAUUCUGACGAGGACAUCCUCCCUCCACCCCCCAGUGAUGGCUUGGAGCUGCCGCCCCCGCCUCCCCCACCAGUAGAUACCCAGGAAGUGGAAGUGAUCCCGCCUUCCACAAGGAAACGUCUCUGUCGCUUCCCGCCUUCCUGUCGCUCUGCCUCCCUGAGGGUCAGCUCAGGCCCCGCCUCUCGCUGCAGCUACACUCGCUCGCUCUUCCUGCCUGCUGUCCAAUCACUCAUGAUCCCCCCUCCGCCCCCGUACCCUCCCCCUGGUGCUCCCCGGCGCCUUCCUUCUUCAUCUUCAGCUCAGCGCUGCUUACCUGCCCGUCUGGAUCACCUGGAUCUAGAGAUCCCAGCCCCCCCUCCCAUGCUAGGUAAUGAAGGGGAGUUUGAUGACUUCAUGCCCCCACUGCCCCCCCCAGCAGACUACGAUGCUCCUCCAGAGCACCUGGAGAAAGUGGUGGCGCUCUACAGCUACGAGGCCUCCAAACCCGACGACCUAUCCCUCACGGAGGGGGACAUCAUCCUCUUGACUCAUCGCCAUGACGACGGCUGGUGUGAGGGGGUCCUGAAUGGCAAGCACGGCUUCUUCCCCGAGAACUACGUCCAGCUGUGCAGCUAGAUAAAGCCACGCCCCUCUGAGUAGAACAUGUGAUGGUCUCGAAUGACCAACUAUUUUAGGCAGUCUGGCCCCUCCCCCGACCUGCUAACAGGUGAAGUUCACCUUUAAAGCUCAGAAAAUUCACCUUUCCUUUGAGUGGAUUCAAGAGACUCGCAUUUCAGUUUCAGACGUUUUUAAUAUUUCAUGUAAAAAAAACACAAUGCAAAAAAUAAAUAAACAUAAAUAUGGAAAAAUUGAAACAUGAGCUAAUAAAUAAGUUUAAUAAAUAAGAUAAAAAAGUA